CCGCUCGGGGCCGCGCUGUCCUCGCCAGCGGCGCGGCCAGGCGGAAGCACGCGGGGCUCUCAGGGUCGCGCUGCAGCCGCGCGCUUUCCGGCGCGGGCGGGAACGACAGUCCCAGAGUUCCUCGCGGCGGGCGCGGAAGCCGGCGGCCGGGUUGCUUGGUCGCUCGGAGGCCCCGGGUCCCGACUCGGGACGGGGUUUGUGGGGUUCCCUGGUGAAGCUGGAGGCCAGCCUCCUUCUGGGCUUGGAGCAGGGUCGCGCGGGCUCCGGCAGCGUCCGGCCCGGCUCGGCCCGGUGCGGGGCCUCUGAGUGUGUUAGCGUCGCUUGGUCCCAUCACUUGCCCCGUUGUAGAGACGGGCGGACAGUCGCGUGGGACGCAGGCUUGGACCCUGGCGGCUGCGCUGUGUUUUCUCUACUCGGGGACGUGCAGAGAGCCCAAGUCCCUUGUCCCGUGGUUGAUAGAGCAACAGGAGCCAGGCUCGGGCCUGGGCUGGUCACCGUGCAUCAGGCACGCGGGGGUGCUCAGCGUUCAGAGUCCCAGGGCCGGGAGUGGGGGACCCUGCUCUCGGCAGGGGCCAAGGACCGACCCGGACAAAGAGGGUGCAGAGUGCGGCGAGACAUAACAGCGACAAGGAUUUCAGAGAAAGGAAUUGUUUUCGGCUAGAGGUCGUGGAAAAUUUUGUAGAGAGGGCAACAUUUCUGGCUCAGGAAGUGUGGCUGGAUUUGAACCCAAAGAGAGGAGGAGCGACAGGAGCAAAGUCGGGGAGAAGAGAAAUAGAGGGUAUUAGGAACCACAGGAGCUGCACUGGUGUGGACAGAGAUCGUGAGAAGGGAGACUAUGGCAGGGAAGAGAGGUCGAGGUGAGACCAUGAGAGAGCAUCAGUGCCAGGCCACGUAAUUCUGACUUGAUUUCCUGGGUGUCAGGAAAUAAUGUGAUCUGUGGCGGGGGUUGGUAAGAGAAGGGAGGUAGCAGUGCUGCAGGUGCUUGAGACCCAAGGAAAAGUGCUUAUUGGACCCAUGGUCAGUCAACCCACCUGUGAAUGCACAACAUUUUGAAGACAUAUUAGGGUGCUGGCCAUCUGCUGGAACAGAGACCCCCAAAUACAGUGGCUCAACUGGGACGAUGCCGGAGUGUGAAAGAGUUCGAGAAGCUGAACCGCAUUGGGGAAGGCACCUACGGCAUCGUGUGCUUAGGAAGAGGGCACUGGUGACCGGGGCCAGGAUGGAGUCCACCCUGACGUGUCUCCAUUCCAGAUCGGGCCCGGGACACCCAGACAGAUGAGAUUGUUGCUCUGAAAAAGGUGCGGAUGGACAAGGAGAAGGAUGGGAUCCCCAUCAGCAGCCUGCGGGAGAUCACUCUGCUCCUCCGCUUGCGCCACCCCAAUGUGGUGGAGCUGAAGGAGGUGGUCGUGGGCAACCACUUGGAGAGCAUCUUCCUCGUGAUGGGCUACUGUGAGCAGGACCUGGCCAGCCUCCUGGAGAACAUGCCCACGCCCUUCUCUGAGGCCCAGGUGAAGUGCAUCGUCCUGCAGGUGCUCAGGGGCCUCCAGUACCUGCACAGGAACUUCAUCAUCCACAGGGACCUGAAGGUCUCCAACCUUCUCAUGACGGACAAGGGCUGCGUGAAGACAGCGGAUUUCGGGCUGGCCCGGGCCUUCGGAGUCCCAGUGAAACCAAUGACCCCCAAGGUGGUCACGCUCUGGUACCGAGCCCCGGAACUGCUUCUGGGCUCCCCCACCCAGACCACCAGCAUCGACAUGUGGGCCAUGGGCUGCGUCCUGGCCGAGCUGCUGGCCCACAAGCCGCUCCUCCCAGGAACCUCCGAAAUCCACCAGAUCGACCUGAUCGUGCAGCUGCUGGGGACACCCAGGCUUCUCCAAGCUGCCGCUGGCCGGCCAGUACAGCCUGCGGAAGCAGCCGUACAACAACCUCAAGCACAAGUUCCCCUGGCUCUCGGAGGCCGGGCUGCGCCUGCUGAACUUCCUCUUCAUGUACGACCCCAAGAAGAGGGCGACAGCUGGGGACUGCCUGGAGAGCUCCUACUUCAAGGAGAAGCCUCUGCCCUGCGAGCCAGAGCUCAUGCCCACCUUCCCCCACCACCGCAACAAGCGGGCCGCCCCUGGCCCCACCUCAGGUGCCGAGGGGCCAAGCAAGCGUGGCAAGCCGUGAUGAGGUGGACGUGCCGGGGUCAUUUCAGCAGGAUGCCGGCCUGGGACAAGCAGUCCCCAGAACUCUGCUGUUGUCCCCUCAGUCACCUGGGGCAGGAAGGGGCUGGGGGCACCCCAGGGCAGAACCUGCAGGAUGCAGGGUGCAGUCUGGAGUCUAGGCUGCGACAGACCCUGGAGACGGUGGUGUCAGUGUCACGUCCUGGCCGUACACCAGGCCGGGGACCAGAGACUUGUUGGCGCUGAGAACAGGGCUCCUGGCACGGAGUCCGGGACAGAUAAAGGCUUCAGCAGUUUCA